AUGGAGGAGGAAGGAUCUGAGUGGAUCCUUCCCCAGACCCCAGCAGGAGCGCAGUUUCGGGAUCCUAACGCAGACCUGCAGGCAGGUAAAGCAACUGUCCCGGCAGAUGCAACCUUAGGAUGGGCACCGACUGGAACUGCAGUUCAGGUGAAGUUUGCAGAAGCAGAGGAUUCAACGGACACAGAGACGGACUGCCCAGGGCUGCUGUGGACGGUGUUCGGGGUGGGGUCUGUCCUCACCCCAGAAGUGACAGAAUCACCUGGUGUGCCGGAGAGGGAGGAGACCCCCGAGACGUUGAGGCUGAUGCUGGUUGGCAAAAGCGGAAGUGGGAAGAGCGCCACCGGGAACAGCAUCCUGGGCCGGUUUCAGUUCGAGUCCAGACUCAGCGCUGCGCCUGUGACACGGACCUUCCAGACGGGGACAAGGCAGUGGGCCGGGAAGCGGCUGGAGGUGAUGGACACCCCUGAUCUCCUGUGUCCCUUGGACCCUCCUGCGGCGUCCGCCCAGCGCAUGUGCGAGGCGGUCACCUUGUCCUCCCCGGGGCCCCACGCGGUGCUGCUGGUGACCCAGUUGGGCCGCUUCACAGAGCAGGAUCGCCAGGCGGCCCUGCGCCUCCAGCAGCUCUUCGGGGCGGGCGUGCUGGCACACACCAUCCUGGUGUUCACCCGCAGCGAGGACCUGGCUGGGGACUCCCUGGACGAGUACCUGCGAGGCUCCGACAACCGGGACCUGGCCAGGCUGGACGCACUGUGCGCGCGGCGCCACUGCGGCUUCAACAACAGGGCGCAGGGGCGCGAGCGGGAAGACCAGCUCCGGGCGCUCAUGAAGCAGGUGGAGGUUGUGCUGUGGGAACACGAGGGCCGGUGCUACAGCAACAGCGCGUACCUGUACUGGCAGGGGAGGCCACACGGGGACGGGCCAGCGCGGCCAGCGGUCCAGGGGCAAGGCUACCAGGAGGAGGCGGAGGAGGAGGCCUGGCUAGAGGAGCUGUGCAGGGUCCAGAGGGAGUCUGAGGAAUCCCACAAAUGUGUCCUAGGGAGCGCGCUCCUUUGAGGGAAGGCUGGCCUGUGGCUGGGCACAGCUGCUUCCCGCCAGCCCCCUGCAGCCGGAGUCCAGCUUCUAGCCUUGCUCUCUCUA